AUGGCACCGGCGUCCGUUCUUCUUCCUGGCUGGAAUUUGCCAGACAGAUCUCUUCAACCUGGCCUUCUGUGCGGGAUCAUCAUCACCACCGUGGCCGCGUCGCUGGCAGUGGCCGUGAGGGCGUGGGUUCGCUUUAAGAUCGUCCGCGGAGCUAGUUGGGAUGAUUAUUUGAUUUUGAUCGCAAUGUGUCUGUCACUCUUCGGUGCUGCAUGUACGCUCACCAUGACCUACCUGGGCCUGGGUCGCCACGUUCACUAUGCCGCACAAGAGCACGGCCAGCAUGGAAUGCGAGUACAGUUGGAAUUGGGACUGGCAGCUCAGAUCAUCUACAUCUAUGCGAUCGGGUUCGUGAAACUCAGUAUCGGAGUUGCCCUGCUGCGGUUUACUGUGUACACACUGUAUCGAUACGUGAUUCUUACCUUUAUGGGACUCGUUGGUCUUUACACAGUCGUCACCACAGGAUGGUUGUUGCAACAGUGUCAACCAGUAGCAAGGACUUUAGACGGUGUCGUCGCAGGCUCAUGUUAUGCAUUUUAUAUGACAAGGAUAAUUAUCUUUACGAUCUCUGGAUGCAACAUAUUGACGGACUUCGCAUUUGCCGCCCUCCCAUUUCCUCUACUAUGGAAUCUCAACAUCAGCAUUCGGACGAAGGCCUCUCUACUUGCUUGUUUGUCGCUUGGAGUAUUCGCGGCACUAAUAUCAAUUGUUAAAUUUGGACAGAUGGCCACGUACUACGGUAUCGCGAAAGCAUGGGUACACCCAGCGGGUCUAGAUUUCGAAGGGUACACAGACUUCAGCUGGGUGAAUACCAAGCUUCAAAAAUGGAUGACGGUUGAAGCGAAUGUGUCAAUAACCGCAGCCUCGAUCCCAGCCAUGAGGCCUUUGCUUCGAACGUACUGCAGGAACACCUCAAAGCUUACAGGUCUUCCCGGAUCAAAUUCCAAAUCUCCCAAUCUCCAGUAUACUCCAUCUCGUAGACAAAACACCAACGAUUGGAACACGAUAGGCAGCAUCAUUUCUGGGUCAAAAAGCAUAGACAAUGACCCAUAUACAGUAAAUUGUACCGGGAAAAGAGAUGAGAAAGACGAAGGCUUGAUUGCGGUGAAAAAUGGAGAAAUCAUGGUUACCACCGUCGUGGAAAUUACGUAUGAAGAUAAUAGGAGUAUUCAGAGCCGGCUAGGCGAAUUAUGA